GGAGGCUCUUGUCACUAGCCACCCUGUGCAGUUCCUCCAGGCCACCAAUUUCAACUCAUCCCUAACGUUCCAUUACUACUUGUCCUGUCCGGCUGUUGCAAUCUCCGGAAAGCCCGCAGGAGGGCGCGCAGAACAAGUGUUAAAACUACAACUCCCAGCUUCCUGCGCGCCCCCGGCUCACUUCCGUAGUCACCGAACAAGAUGGCGGCGUCCGAAGAGCAUGAUUCUCCGGCCGAAGGCCCCGAGUCAGCCGCGGUGGAAGAGGAGGAACCUAAAACAUUUAAAGAUCUGGGCGUGACCGAUGUCUUGUGUGAAGCCUGCGACCAAUUGGGCUGGACAAAGCCCACCAAAAUCCAGAUGGAAGCGAUUCCCUUGGCUUUACAAGGUCGUGACAUCAUUGGGCUGGCAGAAACCGGCUCUGGGAAAACAGGGGCCUUCGCGCUGCCCAUUCUGAAUGCGCUGCUGGAGACGCCACAGCGCUUGUUUGCCCUGGUUCUCACCCCGACCCGGGAGCUGGCCUUUCAGAUCUCCGAGCAGUUUGAAGCUCUGGGGUCCUCUAUUGGGGUGCACUGUGCUGUGAUUGUAGGUGGAAUUGAUUCGAUGUCCCAGUCCCUGGCCCUGGCGAAAAAACCGCAUAUAGUGAUAGCAACUCCUGGGAGAUUAAUUGACCACUUGGAAAAUACAAAAGGUUUCAAUCUGAGAGCUCUCAAAUACUUGGUCAUGGAUGAAGCAGAUCGAAUAUUGAACAUGGAUUUUGAGACAGAGGUGGACAAGAUCCUCAAAGUGAUCCCCCGGGAUCGGAAAACGUUUCUCUUCUCUGCCACCAUGACCAAGAAGGUGCAAAAGCUUCAGCGGGCAGCUCUGAAGAACCCUGUGAAGUGCGCUGUUUCCUCCAAAUACCAAACGGUGGAGAAACUGCAGCAGUAUUAUCUUUUCAUUCCCUCUAAGUUCAAGGAUACCUACCUGGUUUAUAUUCUAAAUGAAUUGGCUGGAAACUCCUUUAUGAUAUUCUGCAGCACCUGUAACAACACCCAGAGAACAGCUCUGUUACUCCGAAAUCUUGGAUUCACUGCCAUCCCCCUCCACGGACAGAUGAGUCAGAGCAAACGCCUAGGAUCCCUUAAUAAGUUUAAGGCAAAGGCUCGUUCCAUUCUCCUAGCCACUGACGUAGCAAGCCGGGGUUUGGACAUACCUCAUGUGGAUGUCGUCGUCAACUUUGACAUUCCUACUCAUUCCAAGGAUUACAUCCACCGAGUAGGCCGAACAGCUAGAGCUGGGCGUUCUGGAAAGGCUAUCACCUUUGUCACUCAGUACGAUGUGGAGCUGUUCCAGCGCAUAGAGCACCUGAUUGGGAAGAAGCUGCCUGCCUUCCCCACACAGGAUGACGAGGUGAUGAUGCUUACUGAGCGGGUCACCGAAGCACAGAGAUUUGCCCGAAUGGAGUUAAGGGAGCACGGAGAGAAGAAGAAGCGAGCGCGAGAGGAUGCUGGGGACAAUGACGAUACCGAGGGAGCGAUGGGUGUGAGGAACAAGGUGGCCGGGGGCAAGAUGAAGAAGCGGAAAGGCCGUCAGUGACUUGUGGAGUGACUGAAGGGGACCCUGGAGAGUGGGAAAGCUGC